AUGAAUCCUGACAGGAAUGUGACAUAUAUAACUCUUGCUGGUCAUGUAGAAGUGGACAAAUACAGAUAUCUUUAUUUUGUGAUCAUGUCUGCAGCAUACGCUGUGAUACUCUGCACCAAUGUCACUAUUGUGUCUCUCAUCGUGAUUCACAAAAACCUCCAUGAGCCGAUGUACGUUUUCAUUGCUGCUCUGUUGAUGAACUCUGUUUUUCUCAGCACUGCGAUCUACCCAAAGCUCCUGAUUGACUUCCUAUCUAAGAAACAGGUCAUAACUUAUCAAGCUUGUCUCUUUCAGGUCUUUUUAUUUUACGCUUUUAGUAGUUCUGAAUUCUUACUGUUGGCAGCCAUGUCCUAUGACAGAUAUGUGUCUAUAUGUAAACCUCUGCAAUAUUCAAUGAUCAUGAAAAAGACAACAGUAACAACAUUUCUGUUUUUUGCCUGGCUUCUACCUGCUUGUCAGGUUUCGGUGCCAGUUAUAGGUAAUGCAAACACAAAGCUCUGUAAAUUUAGUUUGAACGGUAUUUUUUGUAACAAUUUAGUGAACUUUCUUCACUGUGUGAGUUCCAGAGCGCUAUCUAUAUAUGGAUUAAUUGUUAUGUUUAAUGUUGCACUCUUUCCUCUGCUCUUUAUCAUUUUCACAUACACAAGAAUACUUGUUAUAGCUCAUCAGAGUUGUAGAGAAGUCAGGAAGAAGGCUGCACAGACCUGUUUACCUCACCUGCUGGUUCUAAUCAACCACUCCUGUUUGUUUACUUUUGAUAUGGUUAUAAUUAGACUGGAAUCAGAUUUUCCAAAAACUGCACGUUUUAUAAUGACACUGCAAAUCGUGACUUUAAAUUCUCUCUGCAACCCAAUUGUAUACGGACUGAAAAUGAAGGAAAUCUCUAAACACCUCAGAAAGUUGUUUUGUCGGCGAAAAGUGAACUAA